AUGCAUCUACAUGAAUUAUAUCGUCAAUUAAAAACAAAUGCCAAUGUUUAUCCAGAAAUAGAAAAAGUUUGUAAAUUUACUACUGGUUUGAGAACAAAAUUACAAAUAGCAGUAUGUCUAUUUGGUGAAAAUACUUGGGAUGGAGUAGUUAAAAGAGCAAAAACCUGUGAACUUACUCAUUAUAGUGCUGCAAAAUUGUCAGUAAAUACAGAAGGUCCUGAUGCUUCCCAAGACAAUACAAACCCUUCUAUGUUGUAUUUAAAAGAAGAAGAUAAAAAUAAUAUUAAUGAAGCCUAUGUAGAAAAAAGAAGAAAAGUAGUAGAAGAAAAUAAAACUCCAGAAGUUCAAAAUAUUGUAGUAAAUGACACUCAAGCAGAAAUUGAAGCUAUAUUUAAAGGAAAAACAAAAGAAAGCUCUAAUGAAAGUGAAAGUAAAUAUGAAUCCUCAAGUGAAUCUGAUGAAUCCACUGAAUAUGAAGAUGAACAACUUGAAGAAAGAAUCUAUAUUCUUAAUCUUUGCCAAGAAAUAGAAAAAGAAAACUUAAAGCAAAUAUGCCUAUACUAUUCUUUUGACCCUCCUUCUAAACUUAAUGUUGAAGAAUUGAAUGAAAAACAACAAGAAGAAUUUUAUGAUCUUGUUAAUGAAUAUAUUGAUAUCUUUGCUCAAAAUAAUUCUGAUUUAGGAAGAACUAAUGAAAUCCAGCAUGAAAUUGAAAUGCAGUACUACUUGUAG